AUGGCUAGUGGGCUCUUCACUGGCAGCAACCCAGACGCUGGCAGGGCACUCGGCUUGGAGGGGGGGCUGCUCUGCCAGCUGAUCCGUUCCCCAGAUUACAAUCUCUUCCCCAACUCAGCAGUCUUUGAGAGCAACUUCAUUCAGGUCACAAAGAAGGGGAAAUGGAUAGGCAUCACCCACACACCCACCAUUGUGACUCUGGCAGUGACCUCCUCGGAUCCCUGCCUCCCUCUGCCCAACGUGCUCCUGAUGGCGAACCAACGGGCCCCACCCCAGAGGGUCCACGCGGGCAGUCCCCAGCUGUCGCAAAUGGACCUGACCAGACCCACCCCAGGGGCCCUUGCCCACCUCCCAGCCCCGCCCGCCCCCCCUCUCCUGGAGCUGACUGCCUCCCUUGCUUUGCCCAGGCUGCUCCCCCUCCGCUACGUCCGGCUCUCUGUCCACAACGCCAGCCAGCGCAUUUUGCGUCUCCAGACGGUGACCAAGACGGUGUAUUACCUGCAGCUGCACCAAGACCACCCAGAGGCCGUCUUUGGGCUCUGGAGCCGCCUGUCCAACAUCCUGCAGAACGGCCUCUCCACCACCACCAAGGACCCGGCCAUCCCCAUCCACCACUGCCUGGUCUCCAGCCGCAGCAGCAGCGUCUCUAGCAUCGGGCCCUUGGUGGAGCCACAGCGCUCGGAUACGGUGGUGAGGAGCACAGGGGUGACCAAGAGAGUGAGCAGGAAGGUGUCGGGUAGCCCCACCCACUUCCCCCCAAGUCUCAAGCAAAUCCAGGAAAAGCCUCGGAGAGUCUCCUUCCAAACGCAGCAGCAGACCCUGGAGGACACGUCGGGCGUCUCCAGCGACAUUAAAGUCCUGUACUACGACCUGCCUCCGCCGCUGGUGUGCGCCCGCUGUAAGGGCCGGCUGCCCAGGAGCGAGCCGCGAAAGUGCCGCCUGCACGCCCGGCCUGCCGAUUCGGACGUGGAGCUGGCGCCCUGGAUGGACCGGAGGACCCACGGGCUCUGGCAGCAGGAGACGCCCACCUGGCUGCAGCCCCUCUGCCGCCUCAGCAGCCUCGCCGCCGCCGGCUGGAAAUAG